AUGCUAGAAGUAUAUAUUGUGUACAACAUUGUGUUUGUGUGUUUUUUUUUUUUAGCUCUGCCAAUUAAACCUGAGAAUAUUUCAUGUGUCUUAUACAGUCAUAGAACUUUAACUUGUGCUUGGAGUCCAGAAAAGGAAACCAAUUUUACUGAGUACAUUGUUAAUGUAACUUGCCAAUACAGAAGAAAAAGAUACACAUGUACUGCCAACAGUUCUACAGGGGCUUCAUGCUCUUUUUUGCAAGAAAUUAUAACAGCUCCAGAUAAUUGCAGUGUUGAGGUGGAAGCUCAGAAUGCUGAUGGGAAAAUUAAAUCUGACAUUAAGUAUUUGUCAUUAAGUGACAUAGUGAAAACUAUAACACCUGAGAUUUUGAGUGUGAAGCCAGUUUUGGGCAUCAAAAGAAUGCUUCAAAUAGAGUGGACAUCUCAUUCAUUUGAUUUGAAGUAUAUACUGCGAUUCAGGACUGUCAAUAGUACCCGCUGGAUGGAAGUCAACUUCAGUGAUGUCGAGAUCUACAACCUCACAGGGCUGCAGGCUUCUACUGAAUAUGUCCUUGCUCUGCGCUCUAGAACCAACUUGUCCAGAAUCUGGAGUGACUGGAGCCAGGAGAAGACGGGGAUGACUGAGGAUGAAGUUCCACAUCUGCUGGAUCUGUGGCGCAUCCUGAGACCGGUGGAGGAGGAUGGAAGCCGGCCCGUGCGCUUGCUGUGGAAGAAGGCAAAAGGAGCCCCAGCCCUGGAGAAAACACUUGGCUACAACAUACAGUACUUUCCAGAAAACACCACAAAUGUCACAGAGAUGAGGACCACUGAACAGACACUUGAUCUGUGUCUUGGAGGCGAGACCUACAACGUGUCUGUGACUUCUUAUAAUUCCCUUGGGAACUCUAUGGCAGCUACCCUGAGGAUUCCAGACAUUCAUGAGAAGCCGUUCCUGUGUAUUCAGGCUGUGGAGGCCUGCCUUGUUCAGGACCAGCUGGAGGUGAAGUGGCCGUAUUCCUGUCCGGAGGUGGACACAUGGAUCGUCGAAUGGGUCCCAGAUGUAGACUCGGAGUUCUCUGCCUUGUCUUGGGAAUCUGUGUCUCAGGCCAGGCACUGGACAAUCCAGCGAGAUAAAUUAACACCCCUCUUGUGCUACAACAUCUCUGUGUAUCCAGUGUCACAAGGCCGAGUGGGAGUGCCGUAUUCUAUCCAGGCAUAUGCCAAAGAAGGCAUCCCAUCAAAAGGUCCUCUAACCAAGGUAGAAAACAUUGGUGUGAAGACAGUCACCAUCAGAUGGGAAGAGGUUCCUAAGGAAAAGAGAAAUGGUUUCAUCAGCAACUACACCAUAUUCUACCAAGCUGAAGGAGGAGAAGAAUUCUCCGAGACAGUCAACUCUAGCACCCUCCAUUAUGACCUGGGGUCUCUGAUGCGAAAGACCCCUUACACCGUUUGGGUCAUGGCUAGCACCAGAGCUGGGGGGACCAGUGGGCCUAGGAUAAACUUCAAGACACUGUCGAUAAGUCUCUUCGAGAUUCUCCCUAUAACUUGUGUGGCUGGAGGAGGCUUUCUUAUGGUCAUCGUCCUUGCAGUGGUCUCUAAUUUCAAAAAACAAAACAAGCUGGCUCGCCUGUGUUGGCCUGUUGUACCCAACCCUGCAGAAAGCAGUAUAGCCAUGUGGCUUGGAGCAGACUUCAAGGAUAAAGUAAAUCUGAAGGAGAUUGAUGAUUCAGUAAACUUAGAACAAAAAGCCCCAAAGGCAUGUUCUGCUCCUAGUGACCUCAUUGACAAGUUGGUGGUGAAUUUUGGGAAUUUUUUGGAGGAGGCUUCAACAGAGGAAGCUGGAAGAAGUCAGGAAAACAUUUUGGGAGUAGAAAACAAUGAGUACGUGACUGCUCCUUACAGAUCUGACUACCCCCCAGGGGAGAGUCCUGAGGGGUCCCUGCUUCCGACUGAGAUGCCUUCCAGGAAGUCUUCAGGAACGGCAGAGGAGACCCUCUCAGAAGCCAAAGAGGAGCUCCCCGCUUCGGGUCGAAGUUUGGGACCAGACUGUCUCUGUGGGGACGGAGCAGCCAAUCCAUAUUUGAAAAAUUCAGUGACAACCAGGGAGUUUCUUGUGCUUGAAAAACUUCCAGAUCAUACCAAGAGUGAAGUCUAA